ACCCACUGUCCCCAUGCCCUGCUGAUGUCCCCGGGGGCACCGAUGGCUCCGGGCAGGGCAGGCGCUGGUUCCCGCCGUGGUGCCUGUUGGGAAUGGGCUGAGCCAGGGAGAGCCGAGGGUGAGGGGGUGUCCCCCGUGUCCCCAGCCCUGUCACCCUGUGGGCUGGGGCGGGCAGUUAAACCACUGGCACUGGAGAGGAGAGAGACCGAGGGGCUGGAAACGGGACUGGACAUCUUCCCUGGAUCAGUUCUGAUGGAACAGGAAACAAGUAUAAAAAUAUGUUAAAAUAUUGACGAAUAUGUAAAAAAUACACACGAAUCCAUCCAAAUCCAGACCAACCCGUGCGUGUCCACGUCAGUCACUGUCGCGCUGCCUCCCAGGAACGCUCCGCGGGCCCUGGGGAACACCCGGCCUGGACUGCUGGAGUCAGGAGCCCAGGGACUCGGGAAGACACGGAUUCGGGAACACACGGAGCGGGAUCAAAGGCAGAAGGAUGGACAGAGCCUUCUCAGGCCACCCGCCAUGGAUGGAGAGAGCUUGGCUCUGCGACCCCUCAGCUCUAUCCCAGGCUCGAGGGACGGGUCGGAAUGGCACCUCCAGCCCGGCUGGGUCCCCUUCCGUGGCAGCUGCGACCCUGGAAGCACACCUGGUUCAGUCCCAGCUCCAGCCAGGCCCUGCCCUGGGGAGGGUCUCCCGGGGGUCCGGGCAGAGGUGGCACCACAGCUCUAAGGGGGUCCCAGAGAUGCCCUCCCCCCCGCGCCGCGUGGCCGCCCCGCGCGCUCCCUGUCCCGCAGCAUCACCCGGGGAAUGAGGCUCCUGGCCGGGAAGGGAGGAGCCACCAGGAAUGGCCUCCUUGGAGAACACAUCUUCCAGGCCAAGGCUGUGACUCACCUGGUGACCUUGAGCGGUGAUAAGGACUGUGGGAAGCUGAGGACACCACAGGCAUCCCCACGGCUGAGAUUUUUGAUCCAAGAGCUGCUGGUGCCCGAGCUGGAGCAGUUCCUCAAGGAGGACAAGGAGACCAGGCAAGACACCCUUGGAGCUGAUGUUCUGGGGCACACGAUGGUCUCACCCCACUGGUGGGGUGGUCACCACACGGUGACCUUUGGGCACCAGAGCAUGUCAGGAGCUGAUCCUGCGCCCUUCUACAAAGGGGUGGUCAGCACCAAACGGAACCAGGAGGUCACCCAGCUGGUGGGAAUGGUCCGUGGAAUGGUGAGGGAGAACAGGGACAAGUGGGAUGGCAGAGGCGGGUGCCAGGAACCAUGUUUGAUGGGAAGGAAGCACCACGUGGAUGGGUCCGAAGCUGAGGGGGAGCGCUCCAGGGAGUCAAUCCCAGAGUCACGGGAAUAUGGAGGUUGGCAGGAGCCUCUGGAGAUGGCCCAGGCCACCCUAUCCCACGUAGGGUCCCCCAUCGAGGAGGGUACCCAGGAUAUUUCCAGUUGGAUUUGGGACAUCUCCAGGGAUGGAGACACCAGCCUCUCCCUGGAGUUGUCCUGAC